AUGGUGAGGAAGAGAAAAAGCCUUGUGGAGGUAAAGGAGGAGGGCACAAGAGUCGCCAAGACCAGCAGCUGGGAUGAGGCUGUGAUGGAAGCAGCUGCCUCUGGGGGUGGUCGCCGUCCCCGGAAUCGCUUCGUUGGGGUACGACAGCGGCCAUCGGGACGGUGGGUGGCGGAGAUCAAGGAUACAGUCCAGAAGAUAAGGGUGUGGCUCGGUACAUUCGACACGGCCGAGGAUGCCGCUCGGGCCUACGAUGAGGCUGCCUGCCUGCUUCGCGGCGCCAGCACUCGCACCAACUUCUGGCCAUGUUCUCCGGCGUCGCACCGCUUGCCACCGGCCCUUCCAUCCAAGAUUUAUAACCACCUCCUCAUGAGGCUGAAAGCUAGUAAUUCUCUGGCUGGUGACGGUGCUGCUGUUCCAUUGCCUGAAAACCAGCAGCCACCCCAGCAGCAGCAGGAGCAGUGUGGUGAUGAAGGACUAGAUGACAUUGAUGACUUCCAAUUCACCGACUUCUUGAAUGAUCCAAACGUAUCAGAUUCUAUUCUUACAAAUAAUACUAGCUUUCAUGAUGAUAUAUGGAAGAGUGUGCAAUCCAAUUGCACCAAGGAGGUAGAGCAAAGUGAGAGGGAAUUGGACCAGAACAUGGUGAUGGUGGGUCAAUUUGGUACUAAGGUAGUAGGUGAGGAGGAAGAAGUUAUGGGAGAUUUGGAAGCUAUGGAUUUCCAAUUUGUGGAUUCCUUGGAGGGGUCUUCUUGCCUCUACUCGCCAUUUGAGGUUGUGGAGGAGGUCACGGAGCAGAUUGAACAGGAGGAGAGUGGCGCCGGAGACGAGAAGUGGAUGUUUGCAUCCCCCAUGAAGAGGAUGAAAUAUGAGAGGAGGAUCUCUGCAUCUCUCUAUGCUAUCAGUGGUAUAUCGGAGUGCUUGAAUCUUAGGCUUGGAGAAGGGAGAGGAGUUCAUGACUCCACCAGCCUUGGCAUUGCAUGUGAGGAAGAUAAGGGAGAUGAGGUAAAAAAGGUAGGAGAUGGUCUUGAGGUAGAGGUGGAGAAUUCACAACACCAAGCCAAUUAG